AAACGUAAUGCAGUUAUAUAAAUCCUUUAUCAGUACGAAUCAAGAAGAGGAAUUUUCUUACUUUUUUUUAUCUCUCUAACCUACACGAACGUGCAAGUGUUUAUGUCAGAUGGCAUUAAUUUAUACAGAAAAUUAAUAGAUAUACAAGAAAAAAACGUUCACAAUAUGAACUCUGUAGAUUACUACAAUUUACUUGGUUGUACGCAAGAAUCGACAACUGAGGAUAUAAAACGUGCAUAUCAUGCAUUAGCGUUAAAACUUCAUCCAGAUAAAAAUGUAUUGGAGCCUGACCGAAUAAAGUUUCAACAGAUUUCAGAAGCUUGGAAUAUAUUACGUGAUCCCAAGUUAAGAAAGGAAUAUGACGCAGUACGAAAACAAGUAGAAUUAGAUGUAGAUGAUGCUCUGAUACAUGCAAGAAUAUCUGUUGGUGAACUAGAAACAAGUGAUUAUAACAAAGACAUUUUCGUUUAUCAGUGCAGAUGUGGAGAUUUCUACAGUGUUCAAAAGGAAUACAUACAGGAAAAGAAUCAACUUGUGCAUGUUCCGUGUUCACAAUGUACUUUUGUUAUUGUUGUCGAAACAUAAUUAUUGCGAGUGAAGAUCAAAAUAUUUGAUAACGCUUGAAAUUGUUAUGAUUAAGAAACAAGAUAUAACAAAAUUUAAAAUGCAGCAACAUUUUCUAUUUCUUAUAAAAAAAAAU